AUUUCGGUAUUUAUUUCUGUAUUUCUUUCUUCCUGGCUGAGCUGAGGUGCAGAAAUGCCUCCCGCGCUGCCAGGGCUGGGGCUCCUGCUGCUGCUGCUGGGCUGCCCGGGAGCCGCUGCUGCUGCUGGGCCCCAGCUGUGCUCCAGCUCCCCUGUCAAUGAAUCUGCCGUCUGUGCCUCAGUGCAGAGUGCCAGCCGGGAGCAGCUCCUGGCGGUGGCCCGAGGCCGAAGGUCCCCGUGCAGCCUCAGCUUUGGCCAGCUCGCCUGUGCCCAGGGAGCUUGGUUCCAGGAGCUUCAGGAUGAUUUCCUCGCAUCCUUCUAUUCCUGCCUGGCCUCUAAACCUAGCACAGCUCUGGAUCCAGAAUAUUCCAUCCUGUUCUUUUCCAAAUAUGAUGCCAGGAAGCUUUUGGCCUCCCUGGCUGUGUUCAGCCAGCAGUUCUCCCAGGUGCCUCUUUCCCUGGAGUGGAGCCUGGUUUUUAUCAAUGGGCUGUGGGAGAGGAUGCUCCAAGUGCCUGGAAUUGAGACCCCCCCAGUGCUGUUCCAGUGGCUCCACGAGGGGCUGGAGCCAUUCCUGGUGCAGCCCGAGGUUUUUGGCUGCCUCCGUGCCAAGGAUGUGUCCUGUGAGGAAUUCCAGCUGCUAGUGGCUGCCCUGGAUGGAAUCUAUCCCCAGCUCUCCGUGGAGGAGCAGAGGAAUCUCUACUCUGGGAUCAAGUAUUUCCUCACCCAGGAUGGAUCUGGGCAGAGCUGCUACAACGAGACCAUUCCCAGCCUCAAUUCCACCUCCUGGUUCCGGAAUUACCUGGGAUCCUUCCUGGAGCACGCCACCGUGCAGGACCUGCAGCUUUUUGGGGAUGAAGCAACACUUCAAAAGUUUGCCAGGGACCCGGUGAACAUGGAGAUGGUCGGGAACCUGACCCUGCUGAGGGAGACUGCCCCGUACUACACCCGGCUCCUGACCUCUGCCCCUGCCCUUCCCCUGGCCAGCCUCCCGGACAGGUUCCUCUGUUUCCUGAGCCCCGGGGCCGUGGGGAACCUCAGCAGGGAGGAGAUUUUGGGAGUGGCACAGAGGCUGGGCAGGAGCUGCCCCUGGAGCAGGGGGAUGCCCACAGGGAGAGCUCCGUCCUCCCUGGCACCGCAGGAGCUGCAGGUGGCGUCCUCCCUGCUGAGGAAUUUGGAGGAUUUUUCGCCGGCAGUGCUGGGAGCCCUGGGCCAGGCUGCCCUGGGGCUCUCGGUGUCCUGGAUCCAGGAGAACAUCCCUGAGGAGCAGCUGGAGGCAGCUCUGCCUGCCCUGGGCAGCGUCCGUGGCUGGAGCCCUGAGCAGGCCAGGGCUGUGGUCAGCAAACUGCUCCGCUCUGGCUACCAGAUCCUGGAUGGACAGAGCCUGGCAGAGCUGGGCACUUUGGUGGGUGGCCUCGACAGCAGCACGCUCCGGAGUUUGUCCCCAGAAGUUGUCCUGGAGGCCAUCCAGCUGCCAGGCUUUGCCCAGCACCUGGACACUCUGCCCUCUGCCCUGAAAAGGAUCCUGGUGGAAAAGGUUUCCUCCAGGGUUGGCCACCCCGCUGAGCUGGUGAAACUCAUUCCCAAUGCUCUGGCCAGCUACAUCCCAAAAUCCCUGCUUGUUUUUGAGGAAGAGAAGCCAAAUGUGCAGGAUCUCAACAACAAACCAUGGAGCAGAGAGCAGGCUGCAAUGUUUUUCAGUGAUGUGGUGAAGGCAGAGCCUGACUUCAGCAGGCUCUCCCAGUCUGUGCUCCAGGGCUUCACCUGUGCAGCUGCCAGCGCCGUGGGGGCAGAGAGGUCCCAGGAGCUGGCCAAGGUGAUGAGGAAGAAGAAGGUCAAGCUGGGCCAGGACCAGCUGAGCUGCUUGCUGAAGAUGGUGACUCUGCACGGGAUUCCCAAGGAUUUGGACAGUUAUCCCCAAGACCUGCUGCUGUUUUUGAGCCCCUCAGACUAUGCAGCCACAGGGAAUUGCAGCCAGUUUUUCAUCAAUGUUGGGAAGGCAAACGGGGAUGUUCUGCCCAGGGAGGCCCCUCAGAGGCAGCAGCUGCUCCUGGAGGCUCUGGAGUGUCUGAGAAUUCCUGGCACACAAAUAAAUAAGGAAAAUGCUGAGGUCCUGGGCUGGCUGGUGUGUGACCUGGGUGAGGAGUACAUCAGGAGUUCUGGGGGCAGUUUGCUGAAGGAUUUGAGCCAGUGUGGAUCUUUCCUGCCUGAGCAAGAAGAGGCCAUCAGGGACGUCCUCAGCAGUGGCAACACCACCUUUGGGCCUCCUGCGGCGUGGUCAGCGUUCACCCUGAGUGAGCUGAGCGGGCUGAUCCCCGUGCUGGGUCCCAGCAUCCUGCAGCAGAUCCCCAAGAAGGCUUUGACCACCUGGCUGAGGAACUUUGCCUGGGAUUCAUCCCUAUCCAGGGAGGAGCUGGCCACUGUUGUUGAGGAGCUCCUGCCCCGCCGGCACAAGCGGGAGUCCGCAGGUUGCCCAGCUGGCCAGGAGAUAACAGACGAAGUUCUGAACGAUGAUGCAAUGCCUCUCUACUACACCCCCGAGGAGCUGCGGGCCUGCCUCGGGAAUUCCCCCCUGGAAAAUCACCUCUCCCAGUUUGUCACCUACCCCUUCACCAUCCCCCAGCUGGCUGUGAUAAAGGAACACCUGAAAGAGCGUUAUCCCAAUGGUUAUCCCGAAAAUGUCCUCUCCAACCUGGGUCCUUUCCUCACCAUGUUCACCCCGGAGGAGAUUUCCACCUGGAAUCUGAGCUCUGUUGACCUGCUGGAUGCAUUCCUGAAAAUCCAGCCCCAACCCUCGGAUUCCCUGGCCUCAGCAGCAAUUAAUCGCUACAUGGAGCUGGGCAAUGCCCUGAAUGCCACGGCCCUGGGUGCCAUUGGCACCAAGUACGUGUGCCUGCUGAAUGCCACCCAGCUGGAGGCCAUCCACCCCCCCGUCCUCAAAAUGGUAUCUCUGGAUCCUUCAGCCUGUUCCCAGGAGACAAAGAACAUCUUGUACCAGAAAGCCAAAGAAGCUUUCUCUGACCAGAACCAUUUACCUGCUUACUACGAGCUGAUUUUACCUUACCUGGGGGGGGCUCCUGCUGCAGAUCUCAAAGUUCUCAGCAAGAAGGACGUGAACAUGAACGUGACCACCUUUGUGACUUUGAGAAGAGACGCAGUGAUGCCGCUGACACCCCGCGAGGUGCAGGGCCUGCUGGGGGUGAACCUGCCCGAGCUGGCGCGGUGGCAGUUCCAGACUCCCGUGCGCGACUGGAUCGUGCUGCAGCAACAGGCGGAGCUGGACAAGCUCCACGUUGGGCUCACGGGGGGCGUGCAGGAGGGCUACAUCAACCUGGUCAGCCCCAAAUUCCCAGGGUCACCUCAAUCCGCAGACCCCGAGAAGUGAGGAGCAAUCCUGGAAUCCCACUGGGAGCAUCCCUGCUGAGUGAGAACUUCCAGCCCUUCCUCCUCGGGGGUGCUGGCUUUGGGCUUAGAGGCAGAAUCGCAGUGCUUUGGGUUGAACAGACUUGAGGAACCUCCAGUUCCAGCCCCAAACUCAGCUUGGUGCUUGCCGUGGUUAGACAGGCGAAGAGAAUCCCUGGAGGGGGCACGGAGGGAUGUUUUCCCCAUGGAGGGGUGGUUCAGUUGUUGGAUUAAGUUAUUUUCUGACUUAGAGAUGAGGUAACUGAGAGGCAUUUUAAAAACUUUAAUUCCAUUUUCAGUCUCAUCUGAAGGGUGAGACCAUACAAAUGUUCUAAUUGGCGCCAUCACAAUUGGAAGCCAACUAUUUCUUAAUUAUAUUAUAAGCUUUUCUUGGCCUAUCAGCUUUUGCUACACCAUGCUGUAAAUGCCUUAAAGUUAAUAAUCUAAAAUUCUCCCUCGUGGGUCCUACUCCAAUGCAUCUUUCAUAGCUCUGUUUCUCUAAAGGAUCCACUCUUAUUUCCAUCCUUUGAAACUUGUUUCUAGUUCCAUUUCUAUCUCAUUCCAUGCCUUUUCUAAGUCAGCAUUUCUUAUCUCAAACAAGUCCUAUCUCUACAAAUCCAUUUCCCACAGUUCAGUCACUGAUUUCUCUGCUCUGAUGCCCUCUUUGUCCCCCAGCACUGUCCUCAGCCCCUCUGGGGACCGUGGCCAUGGUGUUCCACCUCCUGCCUGCGCUGCUCCUCAGCUUCCUCAUGGUUUCCAUCCUGUCUUGAGCAUCUCCAUCCACGAGGAGCCAAGGGGGACCAGCUGUGACCUGCUGAGACCUGGCCUGAGGAGUGCCCACAGCCUGGGACCAGCCCAGGACUCACUUUUAGGUACUUUUGGCUUUCAAGUCAUUGGAAAAAAAACCCAGUUGUGUCUGAAGGGAAGAUUCCAGACUCUGUGACGUUGGAUCUUUGCCUUUGGGACAGCCCAAGCCCAGCUCAGCACCAAACCACUGCUGAACCACGUCUUACUGCUGGGUUUAAGGGUGAGUUCUGCAGGUUAAAAAUGACAUUUCUCAGCGCCUGACCUCAUGACACUGCCAAGACCUCAGGGUGGGAGGGAAGUUUUCCAGCUGCUUGUAAAUAAAUCCUGGAACUGAGUAAAAAUGCCAGAAGCAAA